AUGGACGAUCUGCAGUCCCAGAACCUCGCCAUGGACAUGAGUGACUCCUCCCCCGCCUUGACCAAUAACAGACUGGAGAAUGGCAUGGCCCAGCUGAUCACCACCGAGGCCUGGAACAUCAACUCCACCGACCUGGUAAAGAAGGCGCUGGUGACCGUGCCGGCCCCGUCCAUCCUGAACCCCCCGGCUGAGUCCCAGAGCGGUGUGGCUCUCAAGGUGGCGGCCACUGUGCUGCAGCCCCUGUGCCUGGGGGAGAGCCCUGUGGUGAUGCCCAUUCACAUGCAGGUGGAGGGCAGCUCGGCGCCCGAGCUCAACCAGAGCAGCAACGCCACGUACGUGAUGACCGCGCAGGGGCCUGUGCAGCUUCCAGUGGUGCUGGAGCAGCAUGUGUUCCAGCACCUCAACUCCCCACUGGUCCUGCCACCAGAAGCCCCGGGCUCCUCCAGCGCCAUCCACAACAACCUCUUCCAGGGGGCCCGGGACCCCGAGGCGCAACCCCAGCUCCUGGAUCUGCGGAUCCCCAGCCAGCCGCAGGAUCCCCCGCUGCCCUUCGAAGCUGUGCUCCACAAUCUGUUUCCUGCCCAGGGCGCACUCGGCCCCCCGCCCUGCCAGCCUCCCCCAGGCUAUGCCCCGGUGCCCCCCCAGCCAUUCAACUCCCCCUUGUCACCCCUGGUCCCACCAGCCACGCUCCUGGUGCCCUACCCGGUGAUCGUGCCCCUGCCCGUACCACUCCCCAUCCCCAUCCCCAUCCCCGUGCCUCAGAGCUCUGAAGCCAAGUUCAGCCCAACUUGCCCCAAGCCGCCAUCUGCCUUCGGCCUCCACCCCUUUAAAGGCCCCCAGAGCCCUCUCCAGAAGGAGGAAGUAAAGCCCUUCGACCUGUUCCAGCCCCGGGAGUACUUCCAGCUCGGCCGCCACACCGUCAUCAAGAUGGGGAGUGAGAACGAGGCCCUGGAUCUCUCCAUGAAGUCGGUGCCCUGGCUCAAGGCUAGCGAAGUCAGCCCCACAAUGGGCCAGGAAGACACAGCCCUAGACCUGUCGCUGGCCGCCCACCGGAAACCUGAACCUCCCCCCGAGACACUGUACAACAGCAGCGGGUCCGUGGACAGCCCAGGUCACCCGGUGCUAGAGAAACUGCCCAGUGGCAUGGAAGUGCCCUUUGCCCCCGCCACAACACAGGAGGCCGCAUCUGUCAUGGAGAGUCACGGGGGCGGCAGCGACACCACGGAGCCACCCAGCCAGCCCAGCGGCGAGGUCAAGGCUGAAAAUCACAUGGAGAUGGUGAGCGAGUCCCAGGCGGCCAAGGUGAUCGUCUCCGUUGAAGACAGUGUGCCUACCAUCUUCUGUGGCAAGAUCAAAGGCCUCUCGGGGGUGUCCACCAAAAACUUCUCCUUCAGACGAGAAGACUCCGUGUUUCAGGGCUCCGACACCAAUAGCCCAGGAGAAGAGGCCCUGGGAAACACGGAGGCCCUCAGGAAACCCACCAAAAACCGGAGCAUAAAGUUAAAGAAAGUGAACUCCCAGGAAAUACACAUGCUCCCAAUCAAAAAACAACGGCUGGCCACCUUUUUUCCAAGAAAGUAA